AUGUUCAGCUCUCCGCGACGAUGGCUCUUCAUCGUCUUUCCGCUCCUUACAUUUAGCUUGAUAUUUUAUAUUUUUCGACUACCUGACUCCGAUCCGUUACCCAUGAACACUGAAGUCCCUCAAUCCGAAGAAACAAUCGUGGUAGGAGAGGAGAAGCCGACACAAGACCCUCCCCAAACACAGUCGUCACAACAAUCCCUAGAAGACAAAUGCGGCCACCUCCUUCACCAACUCGACGAUGUGAUGGUGGUCCUAAAAACAGGAGCAACCGAAUCCCUCGAAAAAGUCCCGAUCCAUCUUCGCACUACCCUCCAAUGCGUGCCCCAUUUCGCUAUCUUCUCCGACUACGAAGAAACAAUCAACGGCGUACGAACAUAUGAUAUCCUCCAAAACGUCAGCUCCGAAACCAGAGAACGCGAACCCGAAUUUGGUAUCUACCGUCGCCUCCAAGAAGUCGGCCGCGAAGGCCUAACGGAAGCAGAGUGGGGCGACGACCAAAAUGGCCCUCUCGGGAAGACCAACAACCCCGGCUGGAAACUCGACAAAUGGAAGUUCCUUCCAAUGAUCGACGGCGCUUUGGAAGCCAUGCCCGAUGCUAAGUGGUACGUCUUCCUGGAAGCCGACACAUACAUGGUCUGGCCGAAUCUGGUAAACUGGCUGUCGCACCUCGACCACGAGCGCCACUACUACCUCGGCAGCCCGAUGCAGAUCGGCGACGUCCUCUUCGGCUAUGGCGGCGCUGGCAUUGUCCUCUCAAGCUAUACAAUGAACCUGCUCAGCCAGCAUCGCGCACAGGCCCAGUCCGAGCUUGAAGAAAUGACAGCGAGCGAGUGGGCGGGCGACUGUGCGCUAGCACGAGCUCUGCACGACGUCCGCGUCGAUCUCACAUGGGCAUGGCCGAUGAUGAUGACGUCUCGACCAUGGGAAAUUGACCAUUUCUCUGAAGGCUACGGGCGACAGCCGUGGUGUUACCCGGUCAUCUCGUACCAUCACAUGGGACCGGAUGAUAUCGAAGAGAUGUGGAAGUUUGAUCGGGGAUUCUUUGCCAGUGGCAAGAAUGCCCUAUUGCUCCAUGCGGACGUCUACCAGAAACUCAUUUAUAAUGAUUCUUUUGCGGCGCUGGAUGAUUGGGAUAAUCUGUCCGGGGCGCGGGUUGAUUUCGCGGAUGGGACCCUUCCCAGCGUUGGUGUCUGUGCUGAGGUCUGUGCUCGGAACGAGGAGUGUUUGCAGUAUUCGUUCGAUGAGACGAAGGGCGUCUGCAAGCAUGCUUCUACGACUUUUGCCGGCGUUCCCAAAAACCUCACUUCGUCGGGCUGGAUUAGGCCGCGCGUUUCAAAGCUCCUCAAGGCAUUCCAAUCCUCUUGCGAGCAAGUCGAAUACAUCUUUGAUUGA